UCUCUCAACCCUCCAAAACCCUAAUCAAUCGCAGCAAUGGCACGAACCAAGCAGACAGCUCGCAAAUCUACCGGCGGCAAGGCCCCGAGAAAGCAGCUCGCCACCAAGGCCGCUAGGAAAUCGGCCCCUGCCACCGGAGGAGUGAAGAAGCCCCACCGUUUCCGCCCGGGAACUGUCGCUCUUAGAGAGAUCCGCAAGUACCAGAAGAGCACUGAGCUGUUGAUCCGGAAGUUGCCGUUCCAGAGGCUGGUGAGGGAGAUUGCUCAGGAUUUCAAAACUGAUCUUCGGUUCCAAAGCAGCGCCGUUGCUGCUUUGCAGGAGGCUGCAGAGGCCUACCUUGUUGGGCUCUUUGAAGAUACAAAUCUCUGUGCGAUUCACGCCAAGAGGGUUACGAUUAUGCCCAAGGACAUUCAGCUUGCAAGAAGGAUUAGAGGCGAAAGGGCUUAAUUUUAUCGCUAGUAGUGCUAUGUUUAUGCAAAUUUAUAGAUCGGAGUAUUACUUCUUCCAUGUUGGUUCCCCCUUGUUUAGACGUUUCUUGGAUUUCGAUUAUUAGGUGUAGUAGGCGCCUUUUGGCUACUUGUUUUGGUUUCAAGAAAUCAAUGGAGUGUUAGAUGCGCAAAUAGACUUUGGUUUUGUUGCAGGAUCAAUAUUUCUUUGUUUCCUUGAUGAACAUGGAAUAUAUUACUGCAUAUUUUGUUA